UGGUAUAACACAGUUUAUUGUGGAGUAAUUGUUUUCCUCGUGAGACGUCAAAGCAACAGCUCAACAAUGCGAAUGUUCGUACUUCCUUGUCUCGCCGUGUGCGUGGCAAUGGCCCAUUGUGCUGCAAUCGACGAGAAGGCCGACGCAGGCGCCGCCCCGGCCGAGGAUGGCAAGAAUGUGGAGAAGCGUGGCCUCCAUCUGGGCGACUAUCAUGGCCAUCAUCAUCAUCAUGAGCACAUCAAGACCGUGACCAUUGAGAAGAAGGUACCGGUGCCCUACACAGUGACCAAACAUGUUCCCUACACGGUUGAGAAGAAGAUCCCCUACGAGGUGAAAGUAGAUGUGCCACAGCCAUAUUACGUUGAGAAGAAAUAUCCAGUGCAUGUUAAGGAAUACGUCAAGGUGCCCGUUCAUGUGCCCAAGCCCUACAUUGUGGAAAAGAAAGUCCCGUACGAGGUGAAAGUGCCCGUCGACAAGCCAUACGAAGUGAAAGUCCACGUACCAGAGCCCUACGAGGUCAUCAAGAAGAUCCCAUACGAGGUGAAGGUGCCGGUGCCACAGCCCUACGAAGUCAUCAAGAAGGUGCCACAUGAGGUGAAAGUGGAAGUGCCAGUGCCCAAGCCCUACGAGGUUAUCAAGAAGGUGCCGUACGAGGUUAAAGUAGAGGUCGAGAAGCCUUACCCCGUCGAGGUUGAGAAACCCUACGACGUCGAGGUCGAGAAACCGUACACUGUUGUCGUCGAAAAGAAGGUGCCCUACGAAGUUAAAGUACCCGUUGACAAGCCCUACAAGGUUGAGGUUGAGAAGCCAUAUCCAGUGCAUGUCAAGGUGCCAGUUCCACAGCCGUACACCGUCGAGAAGAAGGUACCGUACACCGUAGAGAAGCCCGUACCGUAUGAGGUUAAGGUGCCAAUUGAGAAGCCAAUUCCCGUCUACACGGAGGUUAAGGUGCCCAUACACAAGGAAAUUCCCGUACCAGAGAAGUACCACGUCGAGGUGCCAAUCUUCAAGCACCACGAUCAUCACCAUGAGGAACACCACGACUACCACCAGAGCCACCACGGUCACUACUAAGGAUUAGGAGGCGUCAGUGUGGCCCAGUUUGGCCAGCACAGAACGCGAGCACAAGGAGUAUACGAACAUCAAAAACGAACAACAACAAUAACAACGAGAAGAAGGAUAUAUGUGAGAGAGCACAAGGACAUGGGCAGAGAGUCUUUGUCGCAUCCACGCAGCAACGUUGAGCUGGACGUUGAACGGGUGAUAAACACAAGGAGGAAAGGAGUCAGAGCAGAAGGAGGAGAAGUUGGAGAAGACCAACAAG